CGUUGCAUGUGUCAUCGAUAUUUAAAUUUGCCAUUGGUUAAGGGGAUACGGAAAUAAGAUUUAUAUCGUCAAUAUUUACCUGUCGUCAUGGCAAUAUACCUCGAAAGCGGGUCCAUUUAGGUCCUUGGCAUUCCAAACUGGGCGUAACUAAGGCAUGGAACCACCAGAUUCCCCUCGACACUUCUGAAACAUCUCACUACAGAUUUAGACCUUUCAACGGCUCCGUAUGUUGCUGCAACUUCCGGUGGUAAUCUCUCUUGAUCUAAACAUCUCACCAUAAAAAUAUUCUUAUAUAAAACCAGCUCGUUCUGCCUUUAUAAUGUCCAUAAAUUUUUGAAUAUUUUGAUACUUAAGCAACAAUGACUAUCUUCGCCGCUGACAAAUAUCCUCCACAAAGAAUUCAAACUCUUACUGCUCAAGAAGAAAUUAUUUUAAAGAAAACUUGGGCAUACAUAAUCAAAUUUCUUGGAUAUCCGCUUAGCAUUAAUCAUUAUGACGUCAGGUACAACGAAAGCUAUAUUGCAUCCACAUCUACUGAGAAUUUUGAUGAAUCUCGAGUUUUUGUGCCUGUGGUAACUUUAAGUACAUGUCCACCGCCCAAACCACUCAUGGGAAAAGUUAAGGGUCACGAUCCUGAAACUCUUCCAUCCGAUUCUGAAAGAAGGAUUUACAUUGACACUCAUGCAAGUACAGAAAAAUAUGAAAAGGUUAAGGUCCCUAGUGAUGAGUAUUACUAUGUAUUUGUUCAUCAUUAUAAGGCUAAUUAUGAAAGAUCUCGUGAAUACUCUGAUUUGAUCAACAAGUUUGGUUAUGAUGAACCAGAAUUAAGUGAAGUUGUACCAGAAAGGUCAAAGAACCGUCCGCUAGUUGAAGAUAGUGAUCCUGAUCCAGAGCCAGAUUUGUUUGACAAUGACAAUAGUUCUUUUGUUACAGCAUGCACUUCAUUAUCACAAUUUGACGACUACCCAGCGCAUAUCUUCAACCCAUCAAAGAAUGGUACAGCAAGUGAAGAAUUAAGGUUCAAUUCUAGUCAGGAAAUACACGUGGCUAAGAACAACAAACGCAGUAGCGUUUACUCCUGUUCAAGCAAUAGACGGACCCUACCACAUGGCUUCAAAGUCAAAGUCACCUCAUGCAAAACUCUUCAUUCUUGUUUCCCACAUUAUGAUCCUAAAGUGAUUCAUCGGGCACUCAAUAAAGGUACCAGAAACGACCUUUGUGAUAACCAAGUCCUUAGGUUUGUUCGAGCAAGAAAAUGGGAUGUUGACAAAGCGAUUACCAUGUUUUUCAAAUCCCUUGAUUGGAGAGUUAACAUAUCCAAAGCUGAUAGGUUACUUCAGGAAGGAGAUGUGCCAUCUUAUUUCAAUGGAAAAGAUAAAUUGUUUGUCAAGGGGAUGCAAAGGUGUAAAGCUUGGAUCAAGGGAACCGAUCGUAACAACAACCCAUUGUUCAUUAUUGAAGUCAGAAAGCAAUUGAUUUCAGAGAGUGAACUGGAACAGAAUCAAAAGUUCUUUGUUACCUUUAUUGAAUGGGCUAGACUUUUUGUUCGGGAAGUUAGCGAAGCCCAGGAUAAAUUCACGGUUCUCUUUGACAUGACUGGAUUCUCGCUAAUGAAGAAUGCCGACUUGGCUGGAGCAAAAACCCUUGCGGAGAUGUUUGAAGCCCAUUAUCCCGAACUGUUAGAAUUUAUUAUAGUCCACAGUGCUCCGUGGGCAGCCUAUAAGGUCUAUGAAAUAAUUAAACCAUGGUUGGACCCUACUGUUGCAUCAAAGAUCUACUUCAGCAAGACAUAUCCUGACCUUACGAGAUUUAUCGACCCCAAAUAUAUACCUGCUCUUUUAGGAGGGGAGAAUACCGAUAAACCAGAGUAUCCUGUUCCAACUCUUGCAGAUUUGUCUCCUCCCAAAGAAAAAGAUAGGGAAUAUAUAAGAUUGAAGAAAGAACGUGACAUGUUGUUUUUAAGGUUUUUUGAAACUACUCGCAAGUGGAUUGAAGCUACUAAUCCUCAUGUUUCCGAGCUUUACUUACAGGAUAAAUUGAAUUUGAGUAUCCAAUUGAGUCAUAAUUUUACAAAGUUGGACGCUUAUGUUAGACUUCGGGGAGUUUUUGACCGUAAUGGAGAUUUAAAUUUAUGUUGCUAAGUGGAGUCUGUAUUAGAACAUGUAUAGUUUAUACAUAAAAAUUUGUCAUUCCUUC